UUAAAUUCCGAAAAUAUCCCCUUCUUCUCAUACUCCAAGCCAAAUACCGUAAUUUCUCCCGAAUCCAAUUACUCAGAUCAAGGUUUAAAAAAACACGACACGGCAGGUUCAUUUUUAUUCAAUUAUUGAAUCUUCAAGAAGAAGCAAGCAAGCAAGCAGUUCGUUUGGGGCAUUUCUGGUAAUCAGGAUCAAUAUCUAAACUGCAAGCAAGGUAGCUUUAACUGUUAGUCGUGUUAGUGUUAGCUACUUAUGAAUCUGUAGUAGUGAAACUUAGUAGCUAGUGACAUCCGCUUCAGUCAACUCUGGUGAAAGUUCAUGCAGUUGCAGGUUAGCAGUUGGUAGAUUUAUCUUUUCCAAGAUCUUGAGAUUAGUCUGACAAAAUGCUUGUGUCUGCUCUUCUAACAUCUCUAGGAAUAAAUUCUGGCCUUUGUUUGUUGUUCUUCACACUGUAUUCUAUAUUGCGGAAACAACCAAUUAAUUAUGAAGUUUAUAUUCCACGCUUGCUGGCUGAAGGAAGUUCUAGAAGAAGAAGUCGCUUUAAUCUAGAAAGAUUAAUACCUUCUCCUGGUUGGGUGAGAAGGGCGUGGAAGCUCACUGAAGAUGACCUAUUGGAAUCCUCAGGCUUGGAUGCUGUAGUUUUUAUGCGGAUUAUUACCUUCAGUUUGAAAAUAUUUUUGUUCGCUGGGAUUAUAGGAAUUUUUGUUAUUCUUCCAGUUAACUGCAAGGGAACUGAGCUUCAUGAGAUUGACUUUGCAGAUUUUUCAAAUAAUUCUUUGGAUGUAUUUACCAUUUCAAAUGUUAACAGUGGCUCAAAAUGGUUAUGGAUUCACUUCAGUGCUGUCUAUCUUGUCACCGGAUUUGUCUGCUAUCUACUUUAUUAUGAAUAUAGUUAUAUAUCUUCAAAAAGGAUUGCCUAUUUUUAUUCAUCCAAACCUCAGCCACAUCAAUUCACCAUCUUAGUUCGAAGUAUCCCUGUUCCUGCUGGGAGCACUGUCUGUGACAGUGUUGAGAGUUUCUUUAAAGAGUACCAUCCCUCCACAUAUCUGUCACAUAUGGUUAUCCGCCGAACAAGUAAACUUCGAAGUCUUAUUAAUGAUGCAACGAAACUGUAUAAAAGGCUUAGUCAGUUACAGUCUGAUCCCAAUCAAGAAAAGCAUAAGCGUGUUAAAUUAUUUGGAGAGAAGGUUGAUCUUGUGGAUCAUUAUGAGAAGCAGUUAGAAGAUAUUGAGGAGAAUUUGAGAAUGGAGCAAUCAGAGGUUUCUUUGGAUGGAGAUGAAGUUCGAGCUGCCUUUGUUUCUUUCAAGUCUCGAUAUGGCGCUGCAAUUGCUUGUCACAUUCAACAAUCAGUCAAUCCUACAAAUUGGAUCGCUGAACAAGCUCCUGAACCACAUGAUGUUUACUGGCCUUUCUUUUCUUCAUCAUUCAUGCGAAGAUGGAUCUCUAAGCUUGUGGUCAUUGUUGCAUGCAUUCUUCUAACAAUUUUAUUUAUUGUUCCAGUUGUAAUUGUGCAAGGUCUUACUAACCUGAGUCAGUUGGAAAUUUGGUUUCCAUUCCUGAAAAGCAUUCUAACCAUAACAUUUGUCAGCCAAGUAAUUACAGGAUACCUACCCAGUCUUAUUCUUCUGUUGUUUCUGAAGAUAGUGCCCCCAAUAAUGGUGUUCCUUUCCUCCAUUCAAGGAUACAUAUCUCACAGUGACAUAGAUAAGAGUGCAUGUAACAAAGUACUUUGGUUCACUGUAUGGAACAUCUUUUUCGCAACCGUAUUUUCUGGAUCAAUUCUAUAUCAGAUCAAUAUCAUUCUUGACCCAAAGAGUAUUCCAUCAAGGCUAGCUGUUGCUGUUCCAGCUCAGGCAUCAUUUUUCAUUGCUUAUGUUGUCACAUCAGGAUGGACUAGCACUUCCUCAGAACUCUUUCGAAUAAUCCCUUUUAUAUGUAGUAUGAUAAGAAGACCUUUCAGUAAAACUACAGAUGAUGAUUUUGAAGUUCCAUCUAUCAAAUACUACAGUGACAUUCCUAGAAUUCUGUUAUUUGGACUUCUUGGAAUUACAUAUUUUUUCCUAGCUCCACUAAUUCUGCCCUUCCUCUUGAUUUACCUUUGUCUUGCAUACAUCAUCUACCGCAACCAGUUCAUAAAUGUAUAUGAACCGAAGUAUGAAACUGCUGGGAAGUUUUGGCCUAUAGUGCACAAUUCAACGAUUUUUUCUCUGGUACUCAUGCAUGCUAUUGCAGUGGGAAUCUUUACAUUGAAGAAACUCUCUCUGGCUUCAACUUUAAUUUUUCCUCUUCCAGUCCUUACACUUCUAUUUAAUGAAUACUGCCGGAAACGCUUCCUACCCAAUUUCAUUGCCUACUCUGCUGAGGUUCUGAUAAAGAAAGACAGGGCAGACGAGAAUGAUGCUACAAUGGGUGAAUUUUUUGAUGAAUUGACCACUGCCUAUCAGGAUCCUGCCUUGAAGCCAGUUCGAUACACGUCAAAUGGUGACAAUCUUAACAGUCCUCUUAUAUCCUCCCCUGAAAGAAGGUAAGGUAUGAUUUACUGAUUCUCUUCUGAAGGUGAACAGUCAAUCAUUUAUCGCCAUAUUCAGUAGUGGUAAUUGAUGAUUUUACCUUCUUCACCAAGAGUGAAAAAGCAUCAUUUGUUUGCACAAAAGAGUGUCUAUGCAAGCUGCAUUUGUGUGCAAAAAUCUGUGUAUGUUAGGAAAAAGUGUAAUGACAGUAGUGUGUAUUGGCAUGUAACUUUACCAUAAGCAAAUUUGCAAAUAUGCACAGGUGAACAAUUCAUUUAUUCUUAUGACUCAAGUUUCUGUC